AUGGCAGCACACUCGAAGAUCAACGAUUGUAGAUUCAGCAUCGCAAGCAGCAAUGAGAGCCAUUCAUCCUCGGAGGAUCAGAUCUUCCGUGGAGGACCGAAAUCUUCCGGUGGAUUGAUAACUUGCUACGCAAGGGAUGGUAUCUCUUCCACAGAGCUCAUAUUGACGGCAUGGGCCUUGUUUCUGAGAUCAUAUCUUGCCACCGACCUUAUCGCUUUCGCAUCAGUGAAGGACACCAGAUCGGACAGGACAACGAUCAAACAAGCUGGCCAUGGGACGAACGGACAACCAGAAAUCACCACCUAUAGUCUCGAGAUUCCAAGCCAAGGCUCCCUUCGACAUGUGUUUGAGCUUAUAUCCAACAAAUCCACAGGGACGCCGUUCGACGCGGAGCAUUUGGUGCACUACAACACCAUGAUUUUGUUCCAGAGCCGAGACGUCGUCAGCAGAGUUCCGGUGAACUCAGAAAUGUGGCUUGGUGUGCACGGCAGAGAACAGAUUGAGUUUUGUCUGAUUGUCACCCCAAGCUCCCAAUUUUCGAGUCCAACGAUCGAGCUCCAAGGACCGCACCAUUCGGUGAAGAUACUUCAAAAUCUGCUGCAGUCCUAUCAACACAUUCUCUACGCUAUUUCCUCCCAAGCUAUUGCGCGGUCAGUUGGGAGCCUUGAGCCGUUGACAGCAUAUGAUCUAAGUCAGAUUUAUCACUGGAACAAGGAAGCUCCAAAGGAGAUGUUUACAACGAUUCCAGGGAUCUUCGCUAUGCAUGCGCAGAGAAGACCAAAGGAGCCUGCAAUCUGUGCCUGGGAUGGAAAUAUGACAUAUGCGAUGCUCGAUCAUUUGUCCACGAAACUUGCUCAAUUACUUGUUCAACUCGGAGUCACACGAGAAGUCAUUGUCCCAUAUGGAUUUGAAAAGUCAAAGUUUGCAGUCAUUGCCACGCUUGCUAUUCUCAAGGCUGGUGGUGCUUUCAUUCCGCUCGACUUCAAUCAUCCUGAGCAACGGCUCCGCUCUAUCAUCGAUCGCACAGAGUCCCGCAUCAUACUCGCGUCGAAACUCACAGCGCCGUCAUUUCGAUUCUUGGGACCAAGAGUCCUGCAGAUUGAUGACACAUUUCUGGACAGCCUGCCAGAAGAAAGUAUUGCAUCGAACCCACUGCCAGUAAUAUACCCCAACACAAGUGCAUUCAUCCUCCUGACAUCCGGAACCACUGGCCAACCGAAAUGCAUCGUCGUAGAGCACUCUGCCGUCUGUACCCUGAAUGAAGCAUAUGGAGAAGCGCUUCACCUCAGCAGCAGAUCGAGGGUGCUGAGCUUCGCCGCAUACACGUUCGAUGUCAGCACUGUGGAUAUGUUUGCUACACUCCAUCACGGCGGAUGCAUCUGCAUCCCGUCGGAGCAAGACCGCAAGAAUGAUCUCACUAAAGUCAUCCAAGACUUCCGAGUCAAUUGGGUUGAUCUGACGCCCUCUUUUGCGCUGGCUAGUAUUCCCGAUCCCAAAGAAGUGCCAUCAUUGGAGACGCUGGUCUUGGCUGGAGAAGCAGUCGAGCGUGUACAUGUCGCACAUUUCGUUGGAAGAGUGCAUCGGGUGAUCAACUGCUACGGGCCCGCAGAGGCCGGAGGCUGUCUGGCAAAGAUGUACUGCAAUAUGCAAGACGAGCCCCAGAUCGUUGGCCGUCCGCUGGCUAGUGCACGAUGUUGGAUCGCCGCUUCUGAGAGUUCAAGCCGACUUGCACCUAUCGGAGCCAUAGGUGAGCUAGUUGUUGAGGGCCCAGCGCUAGCACGAGGGUAUCUCAAAGAUCCACAAAAGACGGCUGCGGCAUUCUUCCACCAUAACGACUGGAAGUCUCAUGCAGAGCUACCAGGGCCUCAGAGGCGAUUCUACCGAACUGGCGAUCUUGUUCGAUAUACCCCGCAUGGUGAAAUUGAGUUCAUUGGUCGCCGAGACACACGAGUCAAAGUCCGAGGUCAGAGCAUCGAGCUCACAGAGAUUGAGCACCGCCUUUCACAGCAUGCUCUCGUAGAGAAAUGCUUGAUUGUGUUCCCGCAAUCGGGCGUGCAUGCUAAAAAACUUGUGGCAGUCGUACAACUCCGAGUUGCUCUCGACUCAGCUACUCCUCUGCUUCCUGUGUCUCCUCGAGAUCUUUCACAGCGCGGAUUCUCGUCAGCUUCGUUGGAGCAACUUCUCUUGCAACAAUUACCACCAUACAUGAUAGACCGCAAAAAGAUCAAUGACUGGGUGCUUGGUCUCUCGAUCACGGACUCUGGCCAAGACAUCUCUUCUCCGCUCCUGCCAGACAGCUGCACUACGCCUUUGGAGUUGAACUCUAUCGUCAGCAAGAUAUUGAGCAAUGGUGACAAACAAAAGUAUGAUGCUCUUAUCGGUCGAGACUUUUGUUUGGCUAAUGCAGGCAUCGACUCCGUGCAAGCGGUCACUAUUUCGAAAGCGGUCAAGCAGAAUUAUGGCGUGCAAGUGUUGGUGGACGAACUCAUUCAACCAGAUCUAACCAUCGUCGGACUCGAUCGAAGGAUAGCUGCACUCCAGGCUAAGGACGUAAAGGCAGCAGCCAGCAGCAGCUCAACCUGCUUCCAAGACGAGAUCUCAACAUUGGCACGAGGAUUCGAGCUGAAGGAGCCUCUCAACGGAAGAAGACCAGUGACCAAAUCACCAAUGUCACACGUGCUCUUGACCGGAGCAACAGGCUUCCUAGGCAUCGAAAUACUGCGGCAGCUACUUUGUAUGAGCAAAGUUCGCAAGGUCUUCAUCCACGUUCGUGCACCGGAUGUCAAGGCUGGCCUCGAACGAGUCAUGACAGCAGCGAAGAAGGCAAAUUGGUGGUCAAGCACCUACUCCAAUCGUUUAGAAGUAUGGCCAGGAGAUCUCGCUCGGCCAAACCUGGGUCUAAGUGACCUCCAUUGGAAGCAUAUCACUGACAGCUCCAACAUGGGAGAGAACCUGGAUACUAUCAUGCACAAUGGUGCAAAGGUAGACUGGAAUCUUGCCUACGAAAGCCUAAGAUCUGUGAACACAAUGUCGACACUACAGCUGCUUGAAGCCAUCGCAAGGCGUCCUGGUGGACUACGAUUCGUCUACGUUUCAGGUGGCCAGGCUCUCCAACUCGAGGAUGAAGAUGAGCAAGACAUGAUUAAGAGUUGUGCUCAUGCAACGGGCUAUUCGCAGAGCAAGGUUGUUUCUGAGAUUCUGGUCCGGCGUUUCGCACGCGCUAGCAGCAGCAGAGGCCACUCGAUUCAUGUGGUGAAGCCCAGCUUUGUCAUUGGAGAUGUACAACGGGGCAUAGCGAACCCUGACGAUUAUCUAUGGAGGCUCACCAAGGCAGCAAUACAGCUGGGAACGUAUAGUCGUGGAGAACUGAAGAAUUGGCUCUUCGUUGCAGAUGUCCGCACAGUGGCACACACAGUUUGUCAGGCUAGCCUGAUGGACGCGACAGAGCUUGUGGUGAUAAAAGUCUUGGAUGGACUUUGGAUGCGAGACUUCUGGAGUUCUGUGAUACAGGAGACUGGACACAUUAUGGUGGCAGUGAACGAUGACAGAUGGUGGAAGCUGCUGGCGAGCGACGUCGAAAAGCGUGGCACAGAGCAUUGCCUGUGGGCAUUGCAAGACAUACUGAGGCCAGGGACAGGAUGUAUUUCUGCUACCAUGUUGAAAGCACCAACAAAGCUCAUGACGGCAAGGAAACCACAUAUCACGCAAGCCAUCAAGAGCAAUCUGCGCUACCUCCGAGACGAGCUUGCAUUCUUGCCAUCGACGCCAUCCCACCGGGCGAAGUUAUGA